UUCAUGAUGGCGAAUUGUGGUGCGGCGGGUGACGCAACGCCUCCUGACGAGAGGCGAGGCCGCCCACGCCGCGCCGCGCCAAGCACAUCGACCAACUCGGAUGACGAUGACGAUGACGAAGAUGACGCGCAGGUGCGCAAGGGAAAGCAGCGGUCGGCGUACUACCGCCACAAAGACAAGCGGCGAACCGAGCUCGAGUUCCUCCAAGACAAGGUCGCCGCGCUCGAGGAGCACGUGCGCGUCCUCCAUGAGACAAAUGAGCUCUGCGCGAUCAUGGACCCGCCGUCACUAUGGGAGCAGCUGGCCAAGCGCGAGCGCAAGCGCCGGCUCGCUGCCGUGCGCGAAAACGAGCGGCUCAAAGCGUCGUUGGAGGAGCAAGUCAAGUUUGCCAAGUCGCUCGCUGCGAUCGUACGCAAGCGGCCGCGCAUUGCGCUCUUUGCAGACACCGAGACGGCGCUCCAGGAAGCCAUUGCCCUCUGCGCCGACUUGCCCUCGCGCCAGCGCACGUGCCACGAAAUUUCGGACGCGGCCCGCGCGGUGCUUGAGAGUGCCUUUGUCGAGGCGCACCUCAUCGACCCGACAGGCCCCGUGCGCGCCCACCGAGCCGUCCUGCUCCACGGCGUCGUCCAAGUGCACACGAUUCUGCACAUCCGGCUGAUGAGACCGCUCGAGGCCGUCGUGCGCGUCGCCUGGGACAUUCUUCGCGGCGCCUACCCCGUCCGGUCGCUCGAUGGCACGUACGAGCUCAAGGAAGAGAUCGACGAGCACACGUCGUACGUGCAUAGCGAGCGGCGCUAUGCCGUGGGCACGAUGCUCCGACGUGUCGUCAUGCGGCGGUACGUCGAGUCGCCGUCCCAAGUAGUCCUCGUAGGCCGGAACGUCACACAGGACGCGUUGUACCCUGUCGAUGCGCGCAUCUCGGACGAGGCCUCGUGGAUGACGUUUGAGGCGACGGCACCAAACGAGACGGUCGUCAAGUACUUUCAGAAAUCGACACCCUGCUUUGACAAGCCUCUCGACGCGGCGACGAUCGAGAGCCAGUACCUCCUGGAUCUCUACGCCGAUCACUCGUACCAGUUCGAACGGGCCGUGCUCAUGCUUCUUCAGACCGACGGCAGCUCGUCCGACGACUCGGUAAUCGACGCGUAGGCUGCCACGUCAUAGCGGGAACGACACCGAACAUCUUAUCACGUCGUUAUACACGUAUAGUAGCACCGAGUAGCCACUGGAUUUUUCUUGUGGGUUAUCCAGCGCCUCGAUAGCGACCACAUGAUACGUGCAGAUCAUUAAUUGCUAGGAUCGGGAUCCACUGCAUCGAUA